GUUUGUAUUUCUGAAUUAAGGUUUACUGAUACGGAGGAAGGUUGAGUGUUUAUGAGUUUCGACGUGUUGAUUUAUAUUUAAAAAGUUAUUUUAGAACACUAGAACUCCCAGAUUUGUGCUAGUUUUGGAAUAGUGAGAUAUUAUGGCUGAUGAAGUAAACGACGUUUCUCAAAGCGUCUUGAAUACAUCUCAGACUGGUAGUAAACAAUGGGUAACUUUAAAUGUUGGUGGAACUUGCUUUUUAACAACUAAAACUACUUUAUCACGGGAUCAAAAUUCGUUCUUGUAUAGACUCUGCAAGGAAGAUUCGGAUUUAAUUUCUGACAAGGAUGAAAAAGGAGCUUAUAUGAUCGAUAGGGACCCUACAUAUUUCAGUCCUAUUCUCAACUAUUUAAGGCAUGGCAAACUUAUUAUUAAUAAGGAUUUAGAAGAAGAAGGUGUUCUGGAAGAAGCAGAAUUUUAUAAUAUUACCGAACUGAUCCGUCUUGUCAAAGAAAGGAUAAACCAAAGGGAUACGAGACCACUGAAAGACAGUAAGAAACAUGUGUAUAGAGUCCUUCAAUGUCAUGAGGAUGAGAUAACACAGAUGGUUUCUACCAUGUCCGAUGGUUGGAAAUUUGAGCAGUUGAUCAACAUUGGGUCUCAGUAUAAUUAUGGUAAUGAAGACCAAGCAGAGUUCCUCUUUGUUGUUUCUAGAGAAUAUGGAACCAGUAAUAACACAAAAGAGGCCGAACCUACUGAUAGAGCUAAGGUUUUGCAACAAAUGGGAUCAAGAAUGUAAGAACACGCUUCGAGCAAGAGCCUGCCAGCUGGUAUUUAUACAGAAGAACAAUAAUUGUGCAAAUAACUGUGAUGUUUUAUUAACUAAGUGUGGACAUCAAACCUGUUACAGACAUUGAAGAAAACUUAUCGAAUCAAUUUUGCUGUUCAAUUUUUUAUUUUUACAUUUUAAAAUAACUCUUUUUUUACCUAAGAUAAUAAGAUCUGUGCUAUAAAAUAAGUUAUUCGUUAACUGUGAUUCUAUUCUCAUAACUCAUUUGUAUGACUUUCUAAAAAAAAAUUACAAAAAAAAAAUCUUUUUACUGCACUAGUUUAUUAUUUAUAUACAUAUUUUUAAAAUAUGUACAAUAUAAAAUGAAAUCAUAUUAAACCUUUGCUAUUUCAUUUAGACUUUUUGAUAUAGAAAAAAAAGGGAAAAAAUGUGAAUAUUUGGUUACAUUGGUGUUGUGAAUGCCCAGCCCACUUAUGCUCAUGAUGUGGAAUAGUGUAAGAGGUGCUAACAUUGUGUUAUCUUCCUUUUACGUAAUUUUAUUAUUAUUUUAAUUUUAUUUUAAAACAUUAAAUAUUGUUGUUAUAUAGAUUCAAGUUCCUCCUUAGAAUAAUGACAAUAUUGUUUGUUUUUAAUUUGGAGAUAUUGGAUGAAUUUCCUUUACCUAUUACAAACCCAAAAGACUUCCUUAAUUGUUAUUUAUUAUCUAUUUAUGCUGUUUGAACUAUGUUAUUAUUUUUUUUGUUUUAAAAUACAUAUUCUCGACCAUCUUCUUGUAUGAUUUUGUUGAGACCUGACAUUGAUUCUUGUAUUAACCAUCCUUUUGGUAUUUUUUUAACAUAUAUUUUAUAUUUAUGUAUAGUUUUCUUACAAUAUUUUGACACU